UGGUCCCGGCCGGUGCGACGUCAUCACAGUGCGCCGAACAGUAACCCAGGCCGGUGUCGCUCUGAUGCCAAUGUCCUAGUGACCGCGGCCUGGUUACUGCUGUCGAGAUGCCGCUGGGUUACACGCCCGAUGAGAAGGCCCGGUUCCAGCAGUUGGUGAAGUUGCGUCGCCAGUGGUUGAAGGACCAGGAGCUGAGCCCACGUGAACCCGUCCUCCCGCCCGAAAGCAAAGGGCCCGUGGCCCGGUUCUGGGAUGGAUUUCUGCAGCCACGGAGUCUCUGGCGGGUUUAUGUGAGUGAAUGUGAACUGUCACCCAGCAGUGAUCAAUAG